CGUACCUUUCCUGUGCCUGAGCACGCUCUCUAACUCCGCCCCCUCCACGUCACCCCUAGACAGACCGGGGCAGACAUGGCGGAGCGCAGGAGACAGAAGAAGAGGAUCCAGGAAGUUGGGGAGCCAACGAAGGAUGAGAAGGCAAUUGCAAAAUACCUGCGCUUCAACUGUCCAUCAAAAUCAACAAACAUGAUGGGCCACCGGGUUGACUACUUCAUUGCUUCCAAAGCUGUGGAUUGUCUUUUGGACUCAAAAUGGGCAAAAUCGAAGAAAGGAGAAGAAGCCUUGUUUACCAACAGGGAGUCUGUGGUCGACUUUUGCAACAAACUUCUGAAGAAGCAAUUCUUUCAUCGUGCAUUAAAAGUGAUGAAGAUGAAACCUGAAAAGGAUAUAAGGAAAGAGAAGGAAAAAGGAAAAACAGAUAGUGGGAAAGAAGAAGAGAAGAGAAGUAAAAAAGAAGUUCCAAAGGAUGAAAAACCGAAGAAGGAAAAAGACAAGGAAAAGAAAAAAGAAAAUGAAAAAGAUGAUGGCAAAAAAGAUGAGACGCCUGGAACCCCAAAGAAAAAGGAAACUAAGAGGAAGUUUAAGUUAGAACCUCAUGAGGACCAGGUGUUCAUGGAUGGUAAUGAGGUGUAUGUGUGGAUAUAUGACCCAGUUCAUUUUAAAACAUUUGCAAUGGGACUCAUCCUCGUAAUUGCGGUUAUAGCAGCAACUCUCUUCCCUCUGUGGCCUGCUGAGAUGAGAGUCGGGGUUUAUUACCUCAGUGUUGGUGCAGGAUGUUUUGUUGCCAGCAUUCUUCUACUUGCUGUUGCCAGGUGCAUUCUGUUCCUUAUCAUUUGGCUCUUGACUGGUGGAAGACACCACUUCUGGUUUCUUCCAAAUCUGACAGCAGAUGUGGGCUUCAUCGACUCUUUCCGACCACUUUACACUCACGAAUACAAAGGACCAAAGGUUGAACAAAAGAAAGAUGAAAAUUCAGAUAUCAAAAAGCCUUUAAAAUCAGACAGUGAAGAAAAAUGUGAUACUGAGAAAAAGGAAGAAGACAGGAAAACGGAAGCCGCAGAGGGAUCAGGAACAGACGGUUCUGGUGCAGAGAGGCAAUCUGACACCGAUAGUGAUAGACGAGAAGAUGAAGGCUCACAACACAGUAGCGGCAAUGGCAAUGAUUUUGAAAUGAUCACGAAAGAGGAACUUGAACAGCAAACAGACGAAGGGGAUAGUGAAAAGGAGGAAGGAAAUGAAGAUGGAGAAAAAGUUGCAGACAAGCCUUUACAUGAAAAAUGUUAAGGUUCAGCUGCAGUUUUGAGACUGAUUUUGUGCAAAUGGAUUUUUAUGUUGAAUGAUCACCAAAACCUUACAUAAGUUUAUUCACUCUUCUUUCAGAUUUCCAGGAUCUGUAGGGAUCAUCAAUUUCGUUAUGUGAGAAAAAGCGGUAUUGCAAAAAAAAAAAGAGAAAAAAAAAAUGUGAUCUGUUUAGUAAACACAAAUUUUAUUCUGGUAUUAAAAUACUUUCUGAGUUUAGCCGAAAUGCAAGUGACUCAAGAUCGCUUUUUUUCUUGUGUUUCUAUCUGAUCCAAUUACAGAAUAAUAUGUGAUUGAGCUAUAAAAUCCAUGUUUUGGUUGGAUAAAUCUAGGGGCAUGUGGGUUUGACAUCUGCAUGCAACUUAUACAUCCAAGCCUGGCUGGUGCAUGUUGUUGCAAUAGGUCUGUUCAUUUCAGGGAGCUUGUGAUAUAGUUUCAUCAGCUCUCAUUUGUAGCAAAGUAUUUAAUAAUACGACCAAUUUCUAAAUAUAUUUUUAAAGAGUUAAUCUAUAUAUGUAUAAAUAUAUUCUAGAGGUCUCUGACAAUAUAGUGGUAUUUGAUCACUUUUAAAACUGGAGAAAUCAUUCAUUAUAUACCUUUUUGUUAUUGUGGUUUUUUUUAAUGAUUUUGAUGAUCCCUCAUUACAUAUAGUUCAUAAUGUCCCUUCUGUAUUAUAUAGUGUAGAUUUUUUUAUUAUUAUUAUUACUACCCCAUUAAUGUUAUUUGCAACCCUUCUAUCUAACAGAUGAAUGCACCCUCUUUGGUCAGUGAUAAUACUGAAAAAGUACUGUGUAUUUUUAUGGUAUUAAUGCUACUUUUAUUUUUUUGCCAUGUAAAACAGUAGGAGGUAGGAGUUGAAAAACCAAAACUGACUUUUAAAGACAAAGCACUUUUCAUCUUACGCUCUUUUCUUCACAGUUUGUUUUAAUAAUUAAAGCUGCAUUGAAUUUAUAAAUAUAUCUUAUUUCUUCCUUGUAAUAAUUGUUGGUCUGAAUUAAAAUCACCCAAGUAAAUGUUAAAACAUUAACUGAAGUUGCAGUUUUGAGGGCUUUCUUGUGUUACAUAUUCCUUCCAUCAAAAUACCUACAGUGUAGUAUUGUUAUUUGUGUAAAUGGCAUCAGAAGGGUCCGCAGGGAACAUUUUUCAACUAUAAAUAGAAAGAAGACAACCAAGAGCAAAAUUAAAAAUGUCAUGAUGUAUUUUGUGCUUCAGUGAAUGUUAUGAGAUGUGACUACAGUUAAUUUGUCCUCAAAAAAAGAAGAAACAAUAUUUCUGGUGCCAUCAUGCAAGCUAGUUGUGAUUCAUUAAAUUGCAAUGUUAGUGGUUGCAAAUGUUUGUUCAAAUAACUGAUAUUCAGGAUGGCAUCUAUAGCUAGUAUUGCUGUAUGCCUUGUUAUUUAUCACUGUUUCAGUUCCUGUAAUCCCUGUUACCUGAAACAUUCGUGAGCCAAGAUCCAAAUAGGGUUGGGUUUGUAUCCUUACUGUCUGGCACAUCUACCUACAUGUGGCAGAACAGUUUAUUUUCUGGUAAAAUAAACAUGUUAAAUUUAAGAUGCACUUUAAUUACAACUCCAAUUCCUACUAAUAUUGGCCCACUAUUUAAGUAUUUUGUGCACACAACCCCCCCUCCCCCACACACACACAAAAGUAAAUAUUUUAUAAAUUAUAUAAAUGGUUCUUAGGAUACUAUAAAGUUUUAAUGUAGCUGCCGAUUAAAGGCUAUUGCUAUCAUACAAUGUUUUGCCCCAUUCUGCUUUUUAAGGUGUCAAAAGGAAACAACUUGUAUUUUGUAAACAUACGAAAUUCUUUACAGUGUGAGAGACAUAGAUGUUUUCACAGCUUUAGUUUUGUGCCAACAUUCCAUGUAUGUAAGUACAAAGUAUGAUUAUUAAAAAUUAAGGUGAUAAA